AUGGCGAGCUGGACCGACUACUGCAGGUCGCACUUCUAUGCGAUGAAAGCCCGGCCAGUGUCCGCUUUCGACCCCUCGGGCUUCCUCAUCAUCGUCUCUUUCUGUCUCCUGCUCGUGGGCGUUGUAGCUGCCACGACGCGGGCGCUCGUCUCGCGUCAUGGACUCGUGCUGCGCUCGCGCGUGGAGAAGAAUCUGCAGGACAUGUCGCUCUACGUAUCGGACCAGCGCCACCGCGUGGGUGAGAACUUGCUGUACAUCAAAGGACGAGCCAUCGAUCACUCGGGUCGCCAGGGCUUUAUCACGGAGAUGCUGAGCUACGCGUACCUCUCGCGUCUCGCCUUUUCGCUCUCGAUCUUUGCGAUUGCCUCGUAUCUCAAUACGCUGGCAGCGGUGAUUGCAGGGUGGCGCACGCCAAACGUUGUGAUUCUGAACCUCACAAUGGAACGCACCGACCUCAAGACCCUUCCAGACCUCGGACACGAUCUUUUUAAAUUCGUCAUGACAAAGAUCUAUGGCCAAACCACGUAUAUCGAGUGGUUUGACCUUCCGGACGAGUUCCUCGCAGCUGUUGGCGCGCUCACGUCGCUCAUUUUCAUCCUGCAUCCGCGGCGUCUGUUGAUCAUACGUCGAUUCUGCUUUAUCUUUGCUAUCAUCAACCUCAUGCGAGCUUGCUGCGUGGCGGUCACGUCGCUCCCGGAUGCUAGUCCCAUGUGCAUUUCUCAGUUUGAUACGGAGCGCGGAAACUACAAGUUGCUCCCCGUUUUUCCAAAAGCUUUCUUUCGCGCGUGGAAGGUCUUGAUCCGCCCGUCACAGCACAUCACGUGCGGCGACAUGGUCUUUAGCGGCCACGCUGUCUUUCUGGUCCUCUGUUGCAUGUUCGCUGGGACGUACUGCGUUCGCUCGGAGUUGAACACACCGUUCACCCGACGCUUCCCGUGCGUGUUGUGGAUGAUACGCUACUACACGUAUAUCAUGUCGGCUUUUGGCAUCUUUGCUAUCGUGGGCACGCGUUUGCAUUACACUCUUGACGUUCUCAUCGCUAUCUACAUCACUAUGCAAGUCUGGCUCACAUACCAUUGGCUUAUGAAGCACCCGGAGAAUACAUUUGUGCUCAUCAGCUGGCUCGAGCACGCUGAAGUGCACUUGGUCGACCAAAACGCCUACCACAAGGCACGGCGGUCUGGUAGCCAAAGUGGCCGUGCUGAUAAGAUCGACUAG